AUGGCUAGUCGAGGCACUCUGCUGUUUGCGGCAUUACCCGUCAUCCUGUCACUUCUUGUGAGCCCCAUCUCCUGCUGGUCCUCCGGCGGCGCGACGUGGUACGGGAGCCCUUACGGCGCCGGCAGCGACGGUGGCGCGUGCGGUUACCAAGGCGCCGUCAGCCAGCGCCCGUUCAAGUCCAUGAUCGCCGCCGGCGGGCCCUCCUUCUUCAAGGACGGCAAAGGCUGCGGCGCAUGUUACCAGGUUAAGUGCACCGGCAACAGCGCCUGCUCCGGUCGCCCAGUGACCGUCGCCAUCACGGACUCCUGCCCUGACGGCAUAUGCGCCUCGGAGGAUCACUUCGACAUGAGCGGCACCGCCUUCGGCGCCAUGGCCUACCGGGGGAAGGCCGAUCGCCUCCGCUCCGCCGGACAACUCCAGAUCAGUUACAGGAGGGUGCCGUGCAAGUACAACGGCAUGAAGAUUUCCUUCAAGGUGGACGCAGGCUCCAACCCGUACUACCUCGCCGUGAUGGUCAUGUACCAGGCUGGCGACGGGGACCUCUCCGCCGUCGACGUCAUGCAGGGCGGAUGCAGGGCCGGCCACCACGACGACAGCGGCAAGCCGUGGACGAGGAUGCAGCAGUCAUGGGGCGCCACGUAUAUCAUCAACUCCAACGACGGGAAGCCUCUGAGCGCGCCGUUCUCGUUCAGGCUCACCUCGGGCUCCGGCAAGGUGAUCAUCGCCACCAACGCGAUCCCCGCCGGAUGGUCGGCCGGGACGAGCUACCGCUCCUCCGUGAACUACAGAGCCUAA